AUGGUGGUUUUUGUCGACCUGGACGAUGCCUUCGAGCACGGAUCAACACUGGAGAAGCCCUUCCCCCAGUUGAACCCCAUCGCGUCGGAGCCGGCCGACUUGACCCCAUCACCUUUUUCCUCAUCCGUCCGUGAAGCACCAGAUGAAAGGAACUUCAAUCCCAACCGAAAUGGGUUCUCGGCAGCUUUAAGCUGCUAUCCUAUCGUGAAGGAAAUCGCUCGAGCUGUUGACCUUAAUACCCUUUACUCCCUUUCGACAACAUGCCGCCAAUUUCAUGUGAACUUGGCACCAUUCCGCCACCAACUCGUGCGGGAGACCCUCCGGUGCGAGAAUGAAUACGUCGAAACAUUAGCUGAAAUGCUACACAGCGGCGCUGUCCUCCCAAGCAGCGUGAAGUCAGUCCUGCAGCUAUUAAGCCGCGGUAGCGGCGAGCCAGGACGUAUGACCCGCGGGAAAGUAGCCAAAUGCGCGCGCGACAUGGUGGCAGAAUGUCGACGCUGCGCGAAGGUCGUGUGCAGAAAUUGCACUAUCAAACCGCCCUCCCAAACAACACUUAAAAAUCGCAUCCGCCGCCUCUGUCAUACCUGUGGCACUGCACCCCUCUCUUCCCUCCUCUCCGCAGACCCACAUAACCCAGCCCCCGACCCGGAUAAUGUCGCUGCAACCGCGUUUGCACAAAGUCCAUGUAAUUGUAUUGAAUCUGUAUGGCUUUGUACGCAGUGCGGGCAGACCCUGCGCAGUAAUGACACGACAUACCGGCGCGUCUGGGCCUGGCGCACGAGAUAUAGCACGUACCUCGGCGGCGGGUUAGGCACCGGUAUCGGCGAAGGCUGCCAGGGCGUGAAAUGUGGACGCGGAGAGGGUUGUCUUGCGGCACAGGGGAUCGAGCUUGAGGUUGACUGCGAGGUGGAUGAAGGGUCUAGUGAUACUAGCAGCAGUCAUAGUGCUGGGCAUAGUCCUGCGAGUCAUCCGUCAUAUUCCAAUGAAGGGGCCAUCUCAACAGAUAGCCAUGAUGAUGAGGAACCGGGUUAUUUCCGACAGGAGGUCAUCGGGCUUGGUGGUGUCGUCAAACAUAAGGCUAAGAAAAGAGUCAAUGUUGGCGCUUGUGUCGUUGAAUAUGAGGAUGAGAGGGAAACAGGGAACUAUCUUGCUCGCGAAGAAGAUGGGUUGCAUCGUGCUUGGUGUGGAUGGUGCUCCAGGGUGAUUCCUUCAAAGAGUGAGGUUGGCUGCUAA